GCGCUGUCACGCGGCCCGUCAUGUUUUUGGCGGGAGGCAGCGCAGGUGAUGGAGGGACAGACUCAACCCUGGCUAAAUCUACGUCAAUCCACUGGCACCGAGGCGGGGAGUGGAACGCCGCCUGUCUGGUCCGGCUGUUUGCUGAAAGUUACCAAUCGGCUCGCUGCAAGGAAGUGGAAUUCAUAAAGCUCAUUGGCGUGAACGUUGUCCGCUGAAGCACAUCGCCGGGUGCUAGUCCACCAGAGACAGAGCUGCCGCCGCAGAGGACCAGCGUCUCGCGGGGACUUCAGACACGAAGGCCACACUGCUCAGCUAUGGAGGCCACCUCAGACUCGCCCCCUGACGGCUGCGAGCUGUUGAUCCUGCACACGCCCGAGGCCCAGGAGUGGGCCGAGUACUUGGACGCCAUCCUCAGGUCCAUGGCGGCGUUCCCCGACGGCUCCGUCCGGUCCUACGCCGUCUCGCCGGGAGACGGCCCCGUCGGCUACGACCUGGAGCGCUUCCACCGGAGCCAGUGCGUGGUGCUGCUGCUGACCGCCGCCCUGCUGGACCUGCUGGGGGACGAGGACCUGCUCUGGGCCCUGGAGCGCCUCCUGCAGCCCCCCCGCCGGGUGGUGGUGCUGCUGUGCGGCGUGGCCGAGGAGCUGGUGCCCGAGGGCAGCUUCCUCCACUGGGAGGACUGGAGCAAGCUGCACAGCGAUGACGAGCCCGCCGUCUACAUCCAGACCGUCCUGGCGGCCAUGGAGGACGACCAACAAGAAGAGGUCGACGGUGAGAGGGAGGCAACACCAGAAGCAUCCGACGAGGUGUGCGCUCAGACUGCCAGCGAGGUCGCAGAGGAGACUGAAGCUGAGGAGUACCUGUCAGCAGAAGAAGGAGAACCAGUACCAGUACCAGAACCAGACCCAGAACCUGAACCUGAAGAAGAACCAGAACCGGACCUCAUAGUGGACCCGAGCCCCGGGGAUUCUGCGCAGCCGGAUGAGAGCUCGGUCCAGUGCUCCACGUGCCUCACCGUCCAGCCAAACAGGAUUCCUUGUGGGGAGCGGACAACUCUGUACAUCAUUCUACUGCAUAAAGCGGACAUUGAAACGAAGACCGAGGUGGUGUUCUCUUCUGAGCAUGGAUCUCCACAGCAUGUUGUAGCGACCAUAGUGAAUGAAUACACAUUAAGUGUUAUAGCACCUGAUAUGCCUCCUGGAGAAGUAUCGCUUUCUUUGCUCGCGAACCAUUCUUCUGUCAGUUUGACGACUGUAACCUACUACACCUACAUGGACGCGGUCAGUCGUUACCUGAAUAAUGCGACUUCUCCAAUUGAGUUCAUCUGCCAGGCAUUCAACAUUACGUGCAAUAAAACCGAAUCAGUGGACAACAUGCUCACUGACAUGUUAAAAUCCAGAAUGCCAUUGGGUGGACUUCAGCUCUUUGGAAUCGAACAGGUGGAAACAGACAAUAUGUCAACAUACCAGCGGAACGAAGACCUUCCCACACUUCUCCAUUUUGCCGCCAAGUACGGCCUGAGGAAGCUGACCACGACUCUCCUUCAUUGUCCCGGAGCGCUGCAGGCCAUCAGUGUCAUGAACAGGCAUGGGGAAUAUCCCAACAAGCUAGCAGAUCGCAGCGGCUUCACCGAUCUCCGGCGGUUCAUGGACGAGUUUGUGCAGACAGCAGACACGGUCAGUUCUGACCCACAGGAUGACGACAGCAGUGGAGUAUAUAUGCUGAUGGCUCCCGGCUCAGAAGACAUCCUCACGUGCUCGGAGCAUACGGGGGAGAUCUAUGAGUCCAUGCUGGACAUUAACCCGGAAUGUGCUGAAGACUUGUACGAAGUGAUGACCAAAGAGGACCAGAACCCGGAGGAGGCCAUGCUCAGGACCUUCUUCCUAGCAAAACAAGGGGCGGGCCAAAGGCGAGAGGAGUGGGAACCCCGUGAGACCGAGGACACGAAGGACGUCCGGCAGAACGACGCACCCCAACUCAAGCAGGAGGAGAGGGAGGAGAAGGAGGAGGAGGAGGAGGACCUGGAGCAGGAGCAAUACAAUUUAGAGGAUGGCCCCCUAUACAACACCUUUCAAGAGGAUAUCUACCAUAUGGUCGACGACACCGCGACCUAUCACAUCAGAGCAAUCAAUCGACCGCCAGCCCCCAUGCCCCGACCUGAAAGCUCAGUGUCACCGGACAACAAGCCUUACAUCACCAGAGUGUUCUCAGAUCACCAAAUCACUCCUCCGACGAGACCAACGAGGAGAGAGAGACCUGCAGCUGAGCCAGGGACGCAUGCUCCGUGCUCCUCUGCUACCUUCGAUGCGUACAGUGGAAUGAAGACCCCGGGCCAGAGGCAGCUCAUCGCCCUGCAGGAGAGGGUCAAGCUGGAGCUCAUCAGCGUCAACGAGGCGGUCCAGGAGUUCAAGGCAUGGCAGAGUGAGCACGAGCGCUCCAACUCCCUGAGGUGCCAGCAGGAAAAUUUAGAUAAGCUACGUAGGAGCAUCAACAGACGACACAAGGAGAGGAAAAAGACGGGCAAAAGGAAUGUUGUUCUUGAAAUAACAGCCCCGAUCCAGAGCCGUACCGUCGGCGACCCUGAGCUCACCGCUGAAUAUUCUUCGUAUGAUUAUUCCUCCCGGACGAUUGCCCCGCCCCCCCCCGUGUCUCAUUCAAUUCAGAGAGGCAACUGGAAGACCGGGAGCACCUCCAGCACUUCGAGCACGGAGAGUAACAGACUCAGCACGCAUAGCAUCCUGAGCACCAGCAGCGGGACGGAACCAGACUUUGAGGACACCAUGGACAUCCUGCCGCCGCCGCCGCGCCCCCCACGGCCGCACCAUGUGGUCACACGCGUCCCCUCCAGGAGCCCUCCACCCCCGCCGCACCUCCCUCCACCGGUCCCACAGAGGAAUCAGGAGCCCGUGAUACAUGAGCGCUACAUAUCCUGUCCAACGCGCGCCGUUCCCCGGCGGCCAUCCGCCCCGCCUUUACCUCGCCGCCAGCGGUGAUUCCACUUCUCCGGUGUUAUCGUCUGUAUUCUUUUUAAUUGUGGCGCUGACUACAGUUUUUUUUCUACCGAUAUGCUUCGGUUUAAUACGGCGCUCAUGGCGUUGACUGUCAGAGAGAUGAGUUCAUUUUUUGUACAUUUUAUCCAAUGGUGUGAUCGUGGGGGUUCUUGAUGGUUUGCUUUGAUCGAUAAGUUGUUGAGGGUUGGAAAAACUGUGAUUUUGCACUUUGACGCGAGUGCUUUGGGAUAAAGUACAUGAAUGUUGGACAGUGAGCAGUAAGUGCCACAAAAAACACAAUACUGCUGCAACAAUAUACUGUGUUGAAUUUAAAAGAUUUAAACGUUCGUAAAUGUUUAAACUUGUUGUAGAUGUAGGGUUUUUGAUGAAAGUCAGUUAUGAAACAUGGAUAAUGUCAUGACAAAGCCGAUUCUAGAGAACAGACAAUUAGCAGAACUGUGGUAGUUAAGUAAGUGUCUAGUGCUUACUAUUUCCCCAUUACACUUUUUAUGCCAUUCAUUUUUAGGAAGAGGCGAGUUCAGUCGUCUUGCACAAGAUCUGAAUGUACUAUGUGGCCAACCGAAUUAAUGUUUAUUGAUAAAUAUCAUUUGGGUUGAGUAAUGCAUAGUUCGUAAUAACUGCUUCCUCUGUUCCACAGCCAAUCGACAUCCUCUUUAACAUUAGGCAGAACUGUGGUAGUGGUUGUGAUGUAAGCCUUGGUGCCGAUCUAGUGUUCACUAUUUAUUAAUAAGUGUCCGUUCCCAUUUUCUUCCUGGUCAACUUAUAUAUAAAAUGUGUUUAUACAGUAAAUGUGUUUUCCACGCGUUCUUCAAUGCCAUACUUCAUUGUUCCAAACCUGUGUUUCAGCCACUUGAUGGCGCUGUAUUCACGCAAGCCCAUGUUCCCCAAAGUCGAUCUGCAUGACCCAUACACAAACAUAUUAUUACCCGGUUGUUUAGAAUUCGGAUGCUGAAAUAUUCUCGUGUGCUGUUUCGUCAGAGUAUAAAAUGAAUCAUUUAAAAAAAAUAACAACGGAGGAACCGACCAUCGGUCCUAGCAGUAGUUAGAUGCGGUGUAAAUAGCAGACGCAUUUAUGCGGUAUACCGACGUUAGAGCCGCUUUCUGAUCGCAUGCUGAUGAAAGCAGCCGCGAUUUCACAGACCGUAGUGGCGCGUGUGUCCGCAACGUCGAGACGGUACCCUGGAUUGUCAGUCGAGAAAGAGCUGUCCAGAAGGGGGCGACCUAACAGCUAUCUCUCCGGGUCGGCGGGUGGUCUCCUCCAUUCGGAUCGCGCCCCGCGCCGCCAUGAAAGGCUCUCCUGACCUGAUUCCAGCUGCAGACUCCGCGGGCUGGGAGAGCUGAUUCCCGCCACCUUCUUUUAUGUUCCCGUUCUCCUCCUUCCCCUCGCUGGUGUCUCAGAGCUGGAC